ACUAAAAAUGUCUCCAGUUCUACAUUCGAUGAAGAAAACCUGGUGCAGUCUGUUUUUGACCUUUUUCUGGCUGGCUCAGAGACCACCGCCACCACUCUGCGUUGGGCUCUGCUCUAUAUGCUGGCUUAUCCUGACGUCCAAGAAAAAGUCCAGAAAGAGCUAGAUGCUGUUCUGAGUCCAUCCCACCUAAUCUGCUAUGAGGAUCGUAAAAAACUGCCUUAUACAAAUGCUGUGGUUCAUGAGAUCAUGCGCUUUGGUAGCAUUAUUUUAAUCUCGCUUCCUAGACAAGCAGUGAAGGAUACAACUCUUUUGGGGUAUCAGAUUCCAAAGGGCACUCUCAUUACAUCAAACUUAGACUCAGUUCUUUUUGACCCUGAAUAUUGGGAGACUCCUCAUCAGUUCAACCCUGGUCAUUUCUUGGACAAAGAUGGAAAUUUUGUGACCCGAGAGGCCUUCUUGCCCUUCUCAGCAGGCUACCGUGUAUGUCCGGGAGAAAUGCUGGCGAAGAUGGAGCUUUUCAUCAUCUUCUCCAGCCUGUUGCAGACAUUUAAGUUCACUCCACCAGAAGGAGUGAAGGAAGUGAACACGGACAGUAUCUGUGAGAGCACAGUUAAACCCCAUCCGUACAAGCUCUGUGCCGUUCUUCGCUAG